UGAGUACCUAUAAAAGGAAUACCAAUCUUAGCUGUCUCAAUUGACGGUUGUACAUUUUUACUCUCAACUAUACUGAAAAAUAAUUGCAAUAUACAGAGAUGGCAGCUUUAAAUAUUUUAACUACAUGCAUAACAUUGUUUGUAGUCGCAACACUAGCUACCGUACAAGGUAAUAGCAUACCGAUUAAAGUUGAUGAAAAUCAAUGGAUAGUUGAUGCUCAAAAUUCUAUAAAUGAUUCUUUAUCAAAGAUAGAAUCAUAUUAUGGCGUAGAAAAUGAAAAAAUUAAGACGAUUGCCAACGAAGCAUUUGAUACUUUUACAAAGUUUGUGGAAAAUGACCUGUCUAAAAUUAUUGAACAGGCAGAUGAUAUAGAAAUAAAGUCGGAAGAGAUAAGGGUAUUAAAAACUCAAAUGACUAAAUGGUUGGAUGGUUUGGAAAGAUUAAAUAAAAUGUCUGACGCCGUGACUGAGAAAACGCCCGAUAAAGCAAUAGGAAAAUUUUACGUCACUAUCGAUUAUAUAUCAAAAGAAGUUAUUGGAUUUGAUAAAAAUUUCAAAUUUAGUUAUGAUUCAAUUGAAAUUAAUAAAAUUGUUAAUGACCUCAAAUCAUUACUCAAAAAAUCUGUUACCAAGUUGGUAGAAUAUGCAAGUUCCGUGAAGGAUCAAGUUUCUGGAAUUUCUAAAAUGGAAUAAAGCAUGAAAAUAAAAUAUGUAUUUAUUUAUUAUUCUCGUUCAUGAUAAAAUUAAUGUUCAUUCAUAGCACAAUAUAGAAAUAAUUUUUUAACACAA